CACGUGCACGUGAGUGCAUUUUCCACGGUGAAGUUGACAUCCAUGAUAAUAACCAUGGAUAUUUUCAAUGCAUGUAAAUAUACAAAUAAAAUCGAUUUGAUAAUCUCUUCGUUCGCUUUUUUUGUUAUUUUAUCGUUUAAAGUUUUCGAUGAUUGUCACAUAUUUCGUUUAAAACUAAACAUGCCAAACCUUUUUUCUCAUUGCUCAUUUAUCUUACGUAAUACUUGUGUAAACGCUCUUAUCUCUAACCACUUUAAUUGUUAUGUUUGGCGAAAUAAAUUGUGACUGAAGUUAAACGACAUGAAUUAUGUUAAAAAUAAAAAGUUUUACUUUUUACACAUUGUUAUUCAACGUUCAAUAUUUAAUAUGCAAAAGUGAGUACAGCAACGAAUGGCUAGCUGAAAUUCAGGCGACUGAACAUGAGGUGAAAACGCUAGCCAAAAGACAUGGCUUCCAGUACAUAAAUAAGAUAGGCGAUGACAUGUUUGUACUAAGACAUGAAUAUUCACCAAGAAGUUCCAGAGCACGUGCAGACAACGUCAGAAAGAACAUUCUCAAAGAGCAGAAGGUUGUAUUUGUUGAACAACAGAAGUGGAAUAAACGUGUCUUUAGAUCCGUUACUGUUAACGACCCAUACUGGUCACAAAUGUGGUACAUGAAUGGUAAAGUUUCCCCAGACAUGGGCAUACUUUCAAGCUGGUCAAAGGGAUAUACAGGCAAGGGAGUGGCAAUUGGAAUAGUUGACGAUGGAGUAGAUAAAAAUCAUCCGGAUUUAAAACCAAACUUUAAUGCCGGAUUAAGUAUUGAUGUCUACGAACGAGAUAAAGACCCUUCACCAGAACCAGGCAAAAAACAUGGGACAGAAUGUGCUGGUAUAGCAGCUGCUGCUGCAAACAAUACCAACUGUGUCAUCGGAGUUGCCUUUGAGUCACAACUCGCAGGUUUACGUGCGGCGGGACCUUUCGGAUCCACAAGCACAGGCGAACGAGAGGCAUUGCUCGCACCAGGUAUUGAUAUAUACUCAAAUAGCUGGGGAGUAAAGGAAACAGACACAAUUGAAGGUCCUAGUCCAAUAGUCAAAUCCGCAUUACUACAAGGGACACAAAAGGGUCGUAAUGGUUUGGGCUCUAUAUACGUUUGGGCGGCUGGAAACGGAGGAAGUGACGACAACUGUAACUGUGAUGGAUAUGUUAACAGCAUUUACACAAUAGCAAUCAGCAGCGUGUCUUCAACAUUACAGCCGCCUGGAUAUGCGGAACCUUGUGCUGCUGUCAUGGCUAGUACAUUUAGUGGCGGAGGGGGUUCUUCGAACAACAUUUGCACGACUUCCUUAAAUAGCACAUGUGCUACCUCUUUUUCUGGAACAUCAGCGGCAACCCCAAUGGCAGCAGGAAUAUUUGCAUUAGUGUUACAAGCAAACCCAAGCCUCACAUGGAGAGAUUUACAGCAUUUAGUUUUAAAUACAUCGGAUUUGUCAAGUUUGAAGUACGGAGGAUUUCAAUUUAAUGGAGCUGGCCGAAGAGUAUCCGACUAUUUUGGAUUCGGUUUACUUAAGUCAGAUUUGCUUGUCGAACGUGCCAAAAACUGGGACUUAGUUUCAGAGCAGCAUAUAUGCUUAUCGAGGUCUAAGAAGCCGUUCCCUAUAACACAAAUCGUCCCACGGGAUCCAAAGAGGAACGCUACAAGUUCCAUUUAUACAAAUGGCUGCAACAAAAGUAAAGAUGAAGUUCAGUCCUUGGAACACGUAGAAGUAGAUAUAACGUAUUCGUAUUCAUUGAGAGGUGCUGUUCAGUUCUUUCUUAUAUCUCCGUCGGGUACAACAUCACAACUGCUAACACGGAGGAAUGCUGAUCGUAAGAACAAUUCGGAACAGAUAUGGACUUUCAUGAGCCUGCAUUUUUGGGACGAAGAUCCCAAGGGUACUUGGACCUUGCAGAUGUCUCUAAAUUUAGAUUAUCAAGAAUCAGGUCAGUUAAAAGACUGGUCGCUGAGACUAUAUGGAACUACAAUAAAUACGUAUGACAGCAACAAAACAGAAGGUAAGGAUAUAAAAGACGAGCCAGAGACAUUGCUAAAGAUAUUGCUUCCUAUUUUGAGUGUGAUUAUUGUUGUCACAGUGGGCAUUACACUAGUCUACAGAAAAUCACUAGUCUACAGAAAAUCAAAAACUAAAGUAAAAGAUAACACAGAAAAGCGAGAAAAGGACAAUGACGAGAAUUCGAAGGAGCAAGAGCCCAGUGAAAAAAAUAACGAGUCAAAAUGAAUUAUGUAUGGAUUGUGAAAUAAUUGAACUACUGGUGCCAAAUCUUUGAACAUGUUAUGAAAUGUUGAAUUCCCUGUGCAAAACUUUUCAGACAUUAUCUCUGUUACCGAUUUGUCAAUACCAUCGAUUUAUUGAUACCAUUGGCGGGGACCCGACAAUAAUCACUAUGUCCGUUUGUGUAACUGUAUAACGCAUAUUACAAUUAUAUUUAAAUUGACUGCACGUACUAAUCAUAACAUUGCUGUAUUAAAGUAUUGUGAUUCCCUGUUCCGGUCAUAUCUUUGUUACAUUACUCUGGAUUUACCUCAACUUAGUAGAACUAUAUAUAAUAACAUUUGGGUGUGCAAUGCAGAGAACCCGUCGUGUUCUCUUCAAGAUCAAUGUCACGAGGGACAAAACAACAAAAAGAUAAUACAUUUUCUAAUUUAGGCCAUAAUGGGUGAUCUCUUGUCCCGAUUUUAAAUUUAGUCUUAUAACUACUAAUUAAAACUUAUAAGAGGUCAGUCUCGGUUUUGGAUAUUUAUUUCACAGUAUUAUUCUUCACAUGAUUUCGCCACUGGUGAUUCUGUUCUGUGACAGAAACUGUGAAAUGUAUAAACAUGUUAGUUAUCGCCCGUUAUACUACAAAUGUAAAAUAGCCCGUACAAUCACAUGCCGGAUGUAUAAUAUUGCAAUGUCUCUUGAAAUGAAUGUAAAAUCUAUUGAUGUAUCAUAACAUUACCGAGACAUUUUACUGGAGCAUCUUUAAAUGUAAAAUUUCAAAUAUCCUCCUUUUUGCAUUAAUACGUUUGAAAUUCCAGUUGAUAUACAAUAAAACCUGCCUGUUUCAAUGAACAUUUUUCUAUCAACAUUGAAUCUGUACCGAUAGUUCUUUAUUUAUUAGCUAUGUAAUGUCUUUUUUAAUUACAAAAUCAUUAUAACUGCUGACAUGUGCAAUUGGUUGAAAAUGCAUUAGCACAUUUAGCAUCUUAAGACUUGCAGCAUUGUUCCUUGUUGGCACUAAUCAGAGUAUUUUAGACGUUAAAUCAUUUGAGACGAUAUAAGGAAUUCACUUUACUUUGAUACAUCCGCAUGUGAGAAAUGUACAGUUGUAACCAAAUUAAUUAAAGUGUUAGACCCAUAAUUAGUGAACCUCCAUUUGAAGAGUUUUUAAUUCCUACCAUAAACCUACUUUGACUUAAAUUUUUAAUUUUUGAAUUUUUUAUUUGAUAAGCGAUUUCUUACUGUUCAAAGUGAAUUUACCUCUGAAACAGAAGCUGGCAGAGUUAGACAUCUUUAAAAGUACUGAGUUACUUGCGGUAAAAGUUUCCUAUUUCGCCUUUAUUCUUUAGAUUACAUAUUGUGGAAGAAAUGUAGGUAGGUUUUACUUCUGCUCCAAGGUUAUUUUUGAAUAAAGUGAGCAAAAGUUAAAACAGUCCCAUUGGACUCAACCUUAUUUUUUCAAUGUUGGAGUUAGAAUUCUGUCUCAUUAAAUCCUUUUACUUAAGGAACCCUAGAAAAAAUAAUAUUGACAGUUAUAAGUGUUUACCAAUAGUUUGAUGUUUCUUUUAUCAAAAGCAAUGGUAUUAUGAAUUCUCUGCAAAAGUUUUUGACAGUGGCCAUCACUUUGAAAUUUGUCUCUACUUGAGCUUGAGAAAAUAUCAUAAAUUAUACAGAAUUUAUAAAAAAUAGGCACGAUAAAAGUUGUUAAAACUUGCAACACAGUGUAGAACAAGGUCAACUGUAAUAAUAUACCAAGUGAAUGCCAUUUUUAAACAUUACUAUUAGGUGUCUUAUACCUUAAAGCAACAUGCCUUUAGAUUUGGCUAAAAAUAAUAUUUCUUUCAAAUUGAAGUUUUGGUCAUAUAAUGAACAUUAGAAUAUGAAUUUUUGUUUCUAAAUAUAUUAAAAAUUACAAAUCAAGAAAAAAAAAGAAUAUAGAUAUUUAUAAUCGAGACAGUUUACCUGGAGUAAAAGCGUGACAAACGCUUUUCGAAUUUGAUCGUAAAAAGUAGUAAAAACAGCAAAUUCUCAUGUGUUUCCGUAACAUAAAGUUUGUCAGUAAUUAAGUUUUAAAGCCUUCUUAAGAGAUAUAGCAUUUAUUUCAAGAUAUCUAAAAAAGAUACAUUUUUUAUGUUGUCGAACGAUCUGGAGGCAUGCCGCUUUAAAGUAAUACAUUGCGUGUUGUUUUUAGUUUAGGUGUGUCUAACAUGUAAUGUCUAUAAUUCUGUAAACUUGAUGUAUUAUGCAUUCUAAUAUGUUUUUUUCCUGUUAAAACCGCUUAUGCUAAAAUGACGUCACGUCGUUAUUUCAUUAUUCAACUUUACCGUAGAAGUCAUCACCAUUUGGUGUGUUACAGAGUUAAAUGAGUUAUUUUUGAAAUCUUCAAAAUCUUUGCAGAUACAUAGUGUUAAAUGUUGGGUAACCAAUUAAAAUGUUGUUCAGUAUAUUUAUUAGGGUAUGUAAUACUUAUAAUUCAUUUUUCUAUCUCUGAAGUCAAGGUCACGUUGCGUAGCAGGAUACAAGAUAUUGCACUUAUUGUUUAGACCGUCCUUUGGUUACUCUGUUUUUGAUUUUUUUUAUCUUUGGAGAAGAGAAGUGUUUAUCACAUACCUUCAUGUGUUAUAACUCAAUCUGCAAGGUCAUGGUAAUUUGCUUUUAAAAUUGCUUUUUGAUAAUACAUUUUCUUUUAAAUGCAAUGUAUUGCACAAAGUGUUGUCAACAGCAACAAUUAAAAAUUGAAAAAACAAAUAUGUGGCGGUUUUCUUAAGUAUCAAAAUAUUCAUAUUUAGUUUGUAUUUGUGAGGCAAGGGUAUGGCUUACUCGUAAACUGUUUUUAUAAUUAUAUGUUUUACAUUUCAUGUAAGUUAUUUGUUGAUAGUUAUUUAACGAUUUAUUACGAUUGAUAAAAAUUUACAUUCGCGUGA